AUGCCUUGUUGCGAUGUGAAGUUUGUCUGCUUCAGAUCAGGAAGCGUGCCAACGGAGGCUAUGUCGGGCAGACGAGCGAGCGUUGUGUCGACCAAGAGUGAGCCUGCGAUGGAGCCAGACGGCUACAUCUCAGAGGGCAGCCGCAUCAGGCGUGACGGCUCGCACGGCGGACAGUAUCGGACGAGCGGUCGACUGCGCAAAGCCAACAGCGAUGCAGGGUCCCUGAGGCAGUCGAGACGAUUGGCCGCUUACAACGCAGACGACGAGGCGUCAUUCGAGCAACAGGUCAAGUAUCUAACGGCACCUCCUGCGGCGACAUCAGGCAGCCAGCGUAUGUCAGUCCUGGGCUCGAAAGGACCGGCUUCGGCAACUGUAGCAGCAAAGGACAUGCAAAGUGUACGGCCGGCGCCGACACAACAGCUAUCCGGAUCGACUAACCGCUAUACGAUGAUACCCGUCGAGCGCGCGAAGCCGGUAUCGCCAGACAAGCGACAAAGUGAGCCGCAUCGAGCCAUAAGAGACGAUGUGAUCGCCUGGAACGCCAAGAGGGAGGGCAGGCAGACGACGGCCGCACUCGUAUCGCCCCCACCGCCGCCCAGGCGAGCUACGCAGUCGUACAGUCGGCCUUCGAGCGCGAUGAGUGGGGCCAGAUCACCAGCUCAGCAUCGUCAGACUCUGAAUCUCAAGACUGCGCCCAUUCCCCUGCCACCGAGACCUUUGGCGCUCCCUCUUCGUCGAGCGCCAAGCUUUGAAUCAGCCAAAGUUGGCCUGGCUGUACCGCGACCAGGUUGCCGAGAGCCAUCGCAAGCGCGAAUGGAUCAACGAUGCUACUCCGGCAUGGCAGAGUCUGUGUCGAGCAAUGCCUCGGACAGCAGACAGCGGGAAGAUCAGAGCGAGCAAGACGAUAGCAAAGUUCUGGCCGUUCACGCGAAUAAUGAAUACAACGGGAAGCCCGAUCUCGUCAAGCAAGUUGCUCGUGAGAAUUCUGACUUCACAGCAUCACCGUUGCCUUUGUGGACAGGGCCUCCGAAGCCCGCUGGCUUGCCAGAGCCAACCCAGUCCGACACUCGAGCGAGCGGUCUCGAGACUUUCUUGGGUCGCCAGCUCGACAGUCAGGGCCCCGAGGCGUUGCCAAACGGUGCAGAACAGCCAGCACAGCAAAGACCUCUUUGGUCAGAGAGCGUACGCGCACAGGCUGUUUCGCACAAGCCUGCCGACGCUCGGACGACACCGACAGCGGUCCAUCGCAAUCAGCCCAUCUCUCCGCUCCGUACGGAUUUUGGGCUAGACAGCGCAAGGAGAUCGCCUCCAGAGAGCUUAGCAACGCCAAUUGGCCGCAUAAGCUCUGCGAGCGCUGUGCCUGCUUCUGAGCAUCCUAGAGGCAGGCUAUCGAGUGCACGCUAUUCUAAAGCGUGUACACCACUGCCGUUCUACAGUCAGUCGCUGCCAGCAGACGACCUUUAUCUCACUGAUCUUGACGAACGCAAGCUUCAGCACAGACAGUCCCGCCCACCUCUGCAAGAAUCAUCGCAUAUUGUCGCGCAAGCUGCUGAAGCUGCUCUUGCUCGAAUUCCCUCGAGACAUUUGACUGUUGAUAAUCAGAGCCUAUCCCGUACGCUUUCGCGACUAUCGCUGUGCUCCCAGGAACCCGGUGACCGCAGCUCUGUCAAUUACAUCGUCAACUACCUUACAGACCGACAGCGUCCUAUCAGCCGGAUUCAUACGCGCACUUCUUCAAGUGCCACUUCUGCUGUCUUAGCGUACAGACUCUCAAGCGAAAGCUCUCGGUCACGGGCUAGUCUCAAGGAGCUCUCUGUUGAUUCACCAAAGUCGCUCUCGCCCGUCGAUCGACCACCCCGUCGCUUACAUCCGCCCUCACUUCGUCCGGGCGAUCUAAGUGACACCGAAUCAGUCUAUUCAGAGCAUUUAGAGGAUCCAAGAGGCCCAGCGAUCCAAUCCCCCGCUUUAGCGCCGCCUUCGAUCUCGUUGCAACAUUCUGACCUUUCGUCAUCAUCUUUGGCCGGAUCACGUGAGACAGCGCCUGUCACUUCCAGGCCUGCACAACGAACGAGGACAUCGACGACACCAUCGAUUUUGAAGCCAUUAGCGCGACUGUUCAGCAGUAGCAAACAUAGGAGAGAUAGGUCCGCAAGUCCCGCUUUUGGCAAGCAGAUUAGCGCUCCUCAGCCACAAGCCUCAUCAGACAGAAGCUCGCGUUCAUCUGGAUAUCUAGAUCUACCUGCUGCUGCUCGUCAAAGGCUUGAGACGACCAGCGGUCAAUACUGUGAGCAAUCUAAAGCCGACCUUCAGCCGGACCACCCGGACUUGCAGCAGUCUUCUGACUUUGCCAGAUCAAACCACGCACGCGAUCUCUUUGCUCUCGAUACAUCGCAUCUCACUCCGUUCGGCUUUCCUCAACUUCCGCCAACGUACCAGAGUGCGCUGCAAUUGCCUGCUUCUCGCUCGGAUUAUCUGGGCAGUGACCAAGCAUCAGAGCUUGAUACUCACGAAGCGUGCGCCGGAUCCUACGAAGAGGCGAGUCAGACUCGCCCUCGAGCAGGCAAUUCGUCGUCGCAUAAUUCGACAGGCAGCCAGCUACAGGAGCCUCCUUCGGCGUCUUAUUCACCGCGCAGACUUUCUAUAGCGUCAUCUGCGUCUAAUCUUGCCCAAGCCUCUAGAUCUGCAGACAUACGCGUCAGACAGAGCAGAUCAAAAUCAACGAGUAGUCUCCUAGAGGGCCCAUUUUCUCAGCAGUCUCGAUCUGUGUCAAGAGAGGCAACCGACGACGCCGACAUGUUCUCGUCCCUUAAAGGCCGAGCGGCCAAGCGUGACAGUAAACGAAUCUCAGUCGGCGGAAGUCCAGCCCCCGAGCAGUAUGGCCCAGAUACCGACGAUGUUUCACGGACCAUGAAGCGACAAUCAUCGCUCGAUACGGGGGCAAACGCAUUCAGCAAGCCUAUCAAUGGACGCGCAACAGCAGGCAGUAACUACUCGCAGCGUCAAGCGCCGAGUCCAUCUACGCCACGGUCGCAGAGCUCGGGCACUCUGGUCGCGCCUACGCCGCCAAGAACGAGCGAGGGCUCGCGCCGAGGCGUUGCACCUAAUGGCGUUGGUGCAGUACACGACAUGAAUCGCGUCAUCAGCUUAUUGUCCAGUCGCAAAUUCUACACGGAAGGCUAUGUAUGGAAGCGAGACGAGUCGAGACCUGAUGGAUCGAUCGACGCAGCAGCCUCUGGCUCAGCAUGGGAUCGCUUCUUCAUGCAGCUCACAGGCUCUGAGCUAUCGCUUUGGAACGUUCGCGAUAUGGAAGAGGCUGCCCGCAAUAACACGACCAUACCACCGGUCUACAUCAAGAUCACAGAUGCGUUCGUAGUGCUGGCUCGCCCGGAAGAACAGUUCCAAUUUGUCUUUGCCCUCAACACUGCCGGCUCGAAUAGAAUCCUGUUUGCCUGCGAGACUGACGCCAAAAUGACUAGAUGGAUGAACAACUUGCGACUUGCUUCUUGGGAACUUGGCCGCCUCGCAGAAGUCUUCACAGGAACGCUGCUGGGUCUUCGAGGGUUCGGUCAACGCGCAUCUCCGCUCACCAAGGGGGUAAUGGACGGAAUGGUCAACGUUCGUCUCCCCGGCGAGACAGAAUGGCAACUUGUCCGCUUGGUCCUGCACGAGAAUCCGCCGGAGAAGAAACGCCGAAGUCUGUUGCCCAGCAUGACGCGUAGCGCAAGUCUCAGCCAGCUAUCGUCCGAAGGCGAGCCCGAAGUCUCCACCGGCACUGCUUAUCUUUACGCUUCGCGCAAGGCGAAACGACCAUUCAUGACUCUUUCGCAAGCAUGGUACUGUGCGUCGGUCUAUCCCGAAGUCCCGCAGCUCGUCGAUGCGACCAAUAUCUUCAAAGUUGAGGCCUGCGCCGAAUGGGACGAGACGGGCGAGCAGCCGAGCAAGCUGCAUCAUGCACAUUACCUUGCUAGGUCAGGUAGCCGCGAGUCGGGUCAGAACUACAUACUUGCAAUGCCAGCGGAAGGCGGUCAGGGCGAGAUGCUCGACUGGAUCACCGGCUUUUGCGACGCAUUCAAGCUGUAUGGACGACCGCGCGAGUUCGUCUUUGAUCCUCGCAAUCCGAUCUCGCAGUACUUUGUCGUGCCGAUCGGUCCAAGCCGUGACCGCCUCUUCUUCGAUUCACAAUUGGUCGAGCAUCUCGACGUACGCGAGAACAGGCCGCGCGAGAUCCAAGCCAGCUUCAAAGAUAUGCUUGUUCAGCGCAUGCGCGGCAGAGCUGCUGAGAAGCGGUCAUCUGGCAAGCCUGCGCUAGGCUCGUUGCCACGCUCGAAUACCGAUUCCGAUAUUCAAGCUCAGGCUCGUCAGCAUCGCCAAAUCGCCACAGGGCUGCCUGCCAUCGGCGAGGGUGCCAUACCGGAGGAGCAACAAGGCAGGAGCGAAGAAGUCCAGGCGUCGCAUCGCGACGAUGCGCUACGCCAGCUUGAGACCGCACCCGAACAGGACAACUCUAAUCGUGCACCACACGUACCAACCCAUCAGCUGCCCAUGCUUGACCUUCAAGGCGAUCAAGACGAAGGUCUGCAGGACCACAAUCCUUCAGCAAGCUACGUCCCCGAACCGAGUCGGGAGCUGCCUGCCCGGGGUAGCCCAGUACCCGCCCAGACAGUAGACAGCUCGCCGUCGUCCAGACCUGUCCUGGCACAGCUUGACACUCACACGUCAAAUCGACCGCUACCCGGGUCGCUGGAAACCUUCGGACGACGAGCGCUGCCAGUACCUGCACCUGUCGCGAGCGGCAGCAGUUCUCGCGAACGCAGUCCUGUUCAGUCCGUAUCAAAGGACAUGGCCCUUAGUAGCUCAGUGCUUGGCUCUACUAGUCAGUCGUCUCCCAGGUCAAAUGUCGCGCAGAACGAGGAGCUCCCAAGCGCGAUCCGUGCCGAGCUCCCGAAGGCGCGAACUGCGGAUGUCAUCGCCGGCGGCGAUGCGAGGACGCAAACUGCUCGAAUAUCUGGUCCUACAAGAUCGGAUACGAAAACAUCGGAUGGUGCGAUCGAGAUGGAUGACGAUUACAGAGCUGCGCUCUCGUUCAUCAACAGUAAUGCGCAAGCGACUCCGCCUUCAGUCACGCGGCAAGCAGCUGUCUCACAGCCCUCGUCAAUCGCACACAAAGUCACGCCUACAAGAUUCAAUGAUGGCCUACUCGGUGCCCCAUUGGCUGCUACGCGAGAGCCUUCCUCGCCGGAUCUAUACGGAGACAGCUCGCCAGCAGUGAGUCAAGGUAUCGCCCGUCAGCCCUCUCUCCGUGCACCCUCGCCUUCGAGCUCUGCUGCGCCGACGAUCAGCAAGGCAGUUGCGCUCGGCACGGUGACUGCCAGGGCCGGCGCGUUUGGCCAGAACAGAAGGACUGCAGAACGAGCGGCUGCGGCGGGUCCAAAUCUGUCGUCUACGACGGCAGCUCGCACCCAGCCUGGGAGAACAGCUGGCAAGUCUCCGGUGCCGGCUAAGGCUUCUUGGAGCAGCGACGAAGAUGACGGUGUCCCGCAAGAUGACGACAGCGAUGAUGACAGCCGAGCUCAACCCCCAUCGACGGCUCAGGCCAGGCAGUCUAGCUUGCCGAUACCUGAUCAGAGGCAACCCAGCGUGCCCGACUCGAUGCCCGGCAGGUUCGCCGGACAGCAGGCCGGUGGACCGUCCAGCUACAGAGCAGCAGAUCCAUACCAUUCGAAUGCGAGCGUGCCGGUUACGGCAUACCACAGAGACUCUCCUGGUCAGAUCUCUCAGCCGGCAUCGGAGCGCUCGUCACCUGCGCCUAUCUCACAAGGCGUCAGAUUUCCUGGUCUCUCGGCUAGCAUGAGCCAGCCAGCCGCUUUGCCAUCAUGGCAGCAACAAGGACGCAAUAGCAGCAUGCCGCAAGUAGGCUACGAUCGCGACGGCCGACCGAUGACCGUCAUGGGCAAUUCGGCUGGCAUCAAUCCACAUGGUCUGCUUGGCGCAGCCAAUCAGACUGGUAACACGGCAAAGCAGCACGAGCAAUGGGCACGUCAAAAUGGCCAGCCGCUGGUGCAAGUCGAAGCCAAGAGUGGUCCGCCUCGUUCCGGACUGGUUGGCGCAAUUGCAGAACACGAGAGGGAGCGCAAGCGCGAAGGCGGCGUGGGCGCGACCAUCACAGAGAGACAAAGACGUGAAGUUGACGAGCACCAAUAUCAGCAGCAACAGCAACAGCAGAUGAUGUUGAUGCAACAGCAACAACAGCAGCAGCUUGCGGCCUCACAGGGCAUGUUUGGCUCACCUUUCAUGGGUGGCAUGAUGCCUUUUGCCGGCAUGCCUGGCAUGCCAGCACCAGGCGCAGGCUACGAUCAAAAUGCAAUGAUGCAGCAACAAAUGGCGAUGAUGGCAGCGCAGCAGGCUUUCAUGGCUGCAAUGUCUUCUUUCGGCCAGCAGCCCGGUGCGUUCGGCCAACAGCCUGGCGCGUUCGGUCAACAGGGAACGGUGCCUUUCAUGUCAUCUAUGCCCUUUGGAUACAGCUCGCCAAUGCAACAGCCCGGCAGUAUGCCAGCGCCUGGCACUCCGGGGGCAGGCAGCACAUCUUUACCAUACCCUUCGUACACUCAGCCGGCACGGUCCAAUGGCACGCACACGCCGCCCAUCUCAACAGUCACAGCUGCUUCCUCACAGGAUGCAAGCCAGUCUGGACGGGCGUCUCGUGCGAGCGCACAUAGGGAAAAGGAGCGUCCGAUGCCCGGAAAUUAUCAGUAAUGAGGAAUGUGCACCAGCAGUGUAUAAUACAUGCAAUCUGUCUGAUCUACAGGCUUAGCACAACAAAGGCUUGCGUGGCUAUACAUCAACUGAGUAUAAAUAAGCACAGUGGGCGAUCAGUCUUCGCUUGCAGCAACCCGUCUUGCCGCGCCAGCCACGGUCCUGCGAAUAUCGUUGAGACUGUCGAGCCAGUCGUUGAUGAGCUGCCGGCCCUGUGGGUCAACAACGCCGUCGCCAAGAUCUUGUCGUAUAUCAUCAAAUGGCAAGACGUCGACGACAAGCCGCAGCCAAUUCAUAUAAGCAGCCUGCAACGCGCAUGUGAGAAAUGCAUCGCUUGUCAAGCAGGCAAUGGACCUCUUUGGCAGAGACAGAGUGCAUCUCUGUCGUCGGGUGUUCCCUGUGCCGGUCGAGAUAGGCGAAUAUACUACGAGAUGAACGCCGUCAGGGUCAGAACCUUUGCGAAUCCAUGG